UUUAGGUGCUGGAGAUCAGAAUUUAUUUACUUCCUUAUAUCCUACACUUUCUCAGCAGCUUCCUAGAGAACCCAUGGAAUGGAGGAGGUCUUAUGGCCGUGCUCCAAAGAUGAUUCAUCUAGAAUCUAACUUUGUUCAGUUUAAAGAGGAGCUACUACCCAAAGAGGGGAAUAAGGCCCUUUUGACUUUUCCCUUUCUUCAUAUUUAUUGGACAGAAUGUUGUGACACGGAAGUGUACAAAACUACAGUCAAGGAUGACAUCACCAAGUGGCAGAAUGUUCUCAAAGCGCACAACUCAGUGGACUGGCUAAUUGUGGUAGUUGAGAGUGAUGCCAAGAAAAAGAACAAAACAAAUAUUCUUCCCCGAACCUCUAUAGUAGAUAAAAUAAGAAAUGAUUUCUGUAACAAACAAAGUGACAGAUGUGUGGUACUUUCUGAUCCUUUGAAAGACUCUUCCCGUUCUCAGGAAUCUUGGAAUGCCUUCCUGACCAAACUCAGGACGUUGCUUCUCAUGUCUUUUACCAAAAACUUAGGCAAAUUUGAAGACGACAUGAGAACUUUGAGAGAGAAAAGGACCGAGCCAGGGUGGAGCUUCUGCGAGUAUUUCAUGGUCCAGGAAGAACUGGCCUUUGUCUUUGAGAUGCUGCAGCAAUUUGAGGAUGCACUAGUGCAGUAUGAUGAACUGGAUGCCUUGUUUUCCCAAUAUGUUGUCAACUUUGGGGCUGGUGAUGGUGCAAACUGGCUGACAUUUUUUUGCCAGCCAGUGAGGAGCUGGAAUGGAUUAAUUCUCCGAAAACCAAUUGACAUGGAGAAGAGAGAGCUAAUUCAGAAUCAAGAAGCUACUUUACUGGACUUGCGUAGUUACCUAUUUUCUCGCCAGUGCACGUUAUUAAUCUUCCUGCAGAGGCCAUGGGAGGUUUCCCAGCGAGCAUUGGAGCUUCUUCACAACUGUGUCCAAGAACUCAAGCUAUUAGAAGUCUCUGUUCCUCCUGGAGCUUUGGAUUGUUGGGUAUUUUUGAGUUGUUUGGAAGUCUUACAAAGAAUAGAAGGCUGCUGUGAUAGGGCUCAAAUAGAUGCAAAUGUUUCCCACACGGUUGGCUUAUGGAGCUAUGCCACUGAGAAGUUAAAAUCUCUGGGUUAUCUGUGUGGACUUGUGUCGGAGAAGGGACCCAAUUCAGAAGACCUAAACAGGACUGUUGAUCUGUUAGCAGGGUUGGGAGCAGAACGCCCUGAAACAGCAAAUGCAUCGCAGAGCCCUUAUAAGAAACUUAAAGAGGCCUUAUCAUCCGUAGAAGCUUUUGAAAAACACUACUUAGAUCUGUCCCACGCCACCAUUGAAAUGUACACGAAUAUUGGGAGAAUUCGCUCCGCUAAGCUUGUGGGAAAGGACUUGGCAGAGUUUUAUAUGAGGAAGAAAGGUGCACAGAAGGCAGAAGUCUAUCUACAAGGAGCACUGAAAACUUACCUUGCUGAGGGCUGGGCACUGCUUGUCACACACACAAGGAAACAGUUAGCUGAAUGUCAGAAACACCUUGGGCAAAUAGAAAAUUAUCUUCAAACAAGCAGCCUUUUAGCUGGUGAUAAUCACUUAAGAGAAGAUGAACGCAAAAGCUUUUGCCAAGAAAUACUGAAUUUUGCUAAUCAGCAAGCAGAGAACCAAGGUCAAAAGGUUAUAUUGCCUAUGCACUCCUUUGCACAGUUGAAAACUCUGCAUUUUGAUCCUGCAAAUGCUGUUGUCCACGUGGGUGGAAGGUUGUCUAUUGAGUUGGCUUUGCUGAGCCAAAUGCCCAUCCCUGUCCAAGUGGAUCAGAUUGCAAUCCAUGUUCACUUCAGCGUUGAAAAAAACAGUUACAGAAAAACAGCUGAGUGGCUCACUAAGCACAAAACUUCCAAUGGUGUUAUCAGCUUUCCAAAUGAAGUUGCAGGCUUUCCUUUGUCAAGAAACAACUUGCCAGCACUGGAGCUGUAUGAAAUGUAUGAACGGAGUCCCUCAGAUAACUCUUUGAACAAGCAAGAGAGCAGCAGUUCACUGGAUAUGCCCUCAGGAGUGACUUUAGAAGAUGGGGCUCACGUGUUGAAGUGCAACAACUUAAUACUGGAACCAGGGGUCAAUAAAAUAACAUUCAAUACUCAGGCCAAAGAACCUGGGACGUACACGCUCAGGCAGCUGUGCACUUCAGUGGGGAAAGUACAGUUUGUUCUUCUUCAUAUUUACCCGAUUGUGCAGUACGAUGUAUAUUCUCAGGAGCCCCAGCUAAAAGUGGAACCGAUGACUGAUAGCCUUUUGGCUGGCAUUCCCCAAAAGGUGAAAUUCACAGUGACUACUGGUCACUACACUAUGAAGAAUGGGGAUACUUUGCAGCUCAGUAACGCAGAUGCCAUGCCUAUUCUGUACCAUCCAGAGAGCAAGGCAGUGAUCUAUUCCAACACAAGAGAAAAGAUCUCAGAAUCAUCAUUAAGGAUUCAAUCUUCUGAAAAGAUCACAAGCAUCAGUUUGCCAGUAGCUCCUGCAUAUCAUGUAAUUGAAUUUGAACUAGAAGUCAUGUAUUUGCCAUCAGCCACAGAAUCCGCAGUGGAGAAAGAAAAUACUACAAAUAAAGAAGUUCACAGAAAAAACAAAGAGAAGCAGAAACGGGACAACUGCAUGGCUACUGUUGACCAAAAAGUAACCAUUGAUUGUCCUUGGUCAAUUUACUCCACUAUUAUUGCAUUAACGUUCUGCAUACCUUUUAAUGCCAAGCAUUCCUUAUUGUCAGCUGGCAAACGGAAAUAUGUGCAAGUCUGUGUACAGAAUUUGUCAGAACUCUGUUUCCAGCUUUCAGACAACAGCCUAAAAAAUACUGCUGACUGUACAGAUUUGCAGCUGGUACCUCUGAACCCUGAAUCUCAACAGGUCAUAUACAGUAAGCAAUCAAUAUUCUUUGUAUGGGAAUUGAAGUGGACAAAAGAGCUUCCUAUCUCCUUGCAGUGCCUGUUUUCAGUCAGCUUUUGUCCAGCUACCUCUGAAGAACAGUCUCUUACCCUGAAGCCGUUCACGUACGAAUUCCAAGUGGAAAAUUUUUUUACAUUGUAUCAUGUGAAAACUGAGAUUUUUCCACCACUGGGGGCAGAGUAUUGUAAAACUGGCUCACUCUGCUCUUUAGAGGUGUCAAUUACCCGACUGGUUGACCUCUCGGAGGUUGACAGAGAUGAAGCAUUAACAGAAUCAGAUGGAUAUUGCACAACAAAACUUAUGUAUGAAGUUGUUGACAACAGUAGUAACUGGGCAGUCUGUGGAAAAAGUUCUGGAGUGAUAUCCAUGCCUGUAGCAGCUCGAGCAACUCACAAAGUCCACAUGGAAGUGAUGCCACUGUUUGCUGGAUAUCUACCUUUCCCUGAUGUCAGAUUGUUUAAAUACCUCCCUCACCAUUCUGCUCACUCCAUGCAACUUGAUGCUGAUAGCUGGAUUGAAAACGAUAACCUAUCUGUGGACAAGAAUGUGGAUGAUCAAGCUGACAGCAGCAGCAUAAGGAGCAGAGGUAGCUUGCAUUCUGCAGCUAGCGGGGAACACAAAGGUUUGCCAAUGCCCCGUCUGCAAUCCUUUUCAUCCGGUCAGGUCUUCAACUGCAGCACGGCUAUGCAAAUACUUGUCAUUCCCAGCAAGGACGACCAUGUUCUGGAAGUCAAUAUCACGUGACGACUUGGUAGGAAAACAAGGAAAACAAAAACCAUUAGAAACUGGAUAUGAAAGCACUUUAAAGGAUUAUGACCGGAUUAGUCUUUGUUGUAACACUCUAACUCUAAGGAGACCUAUGGCACUCAACAUGUACUGGCCAUGGAAGCACCAGACAAUUGUAUCAAUUUAAAUGUACAGUGAAGCUUGUGUCAGCUAGUUUAUAUUGCCACUUUAGUAUGUUUGUGUAAGCUACUGGGUUUUCUCCCUUCGGUCGCAUCCUGCAUCACAACACAGGGCAACAAAAACAAAAAAAUCCAAAUAUUUGGACCACACUAUUUUUGUCUGGCAGCUGAGACAUUUGUUUCAUGCUUCCUCAUGUUUUAGAAUUUAGCGUUGGAUGAUGUAAUUAUCCAAAUCUUGGAUUUUUAUGUAAUAAUUUACAGGCUUUUCCACACAUGUGCCAGAAACACAACAAAGCAUACAACAGCACAUUCACUGGUGUAAUAGUUGCUUUUCUGUUGGUUUUUUUUUUUUGUUUUAUCAUUGUUAAUUCCUGCCAUUGCAAUUUUAUAUUAAACUUCCAUUGUUUGCAUACUUCAAUGCACGGAAGAGCUACUGCUAUAAAUAAUCUUAACUGAACAAAAUUCCUUAAUUUUUUGAGGCUUUCUCCUUCACAGAGUAGACACUGUGAUGUCACAUAUUAUAUGAUUUUUUUGGGGGUGGGGUUUGGGUCAUCUUCUUGCAUAGUUCUUACCAAAGAAAGAUAUCGAUAGAAUUUAAUAAUAAAUUAUUUGGCUUACAGAGUUCCCAGAUUAAUUUCUUUUAUUACCAUUUCUAAGUGGCUUGGUUUGCUGCCCUAAUUUUUAAAUUGGGGCAAAAAUUUCAGUAUGAUGUGAUACUUGAACGGUCAACCUUUCAUCAUAAAGGCUUAGUGUAAUUAUUACUGAUUAGAGGCCAGACUUCCGCAUUCAUGAUGGAAGAAAGAGGUUGGUUUGAUACAGGAAGGCUUGCAGAUGUAGAAUAAUUGUGAAGCAAAGUUAAAACAUGUAACUUAAAGAAUUUCAUUAUUUAUAUCUGAAAUGUAAAUACAAAAAAAAUGUAAAAGAAAAAAGUGUAAUUUUUGUGAAUGUUGCAAAUCCACCUGUGACUGGAAAAAUUACAACUCCUUCUGAUGUCCUGCUUCUGAUAUUGAAACUUGUGCAUUUAAUGUGAGAAUGACCUUUUCUACUUGCAGAUCUGUAAUGGUGCGUUGUCAACAGACUCCACAGAGGAAAACUGUCCCAUAUCAAAUACUUGUCGGUAAAGCUAAAGUGAGGAACUGCUCUUUAGACAAGUUUAUUGUUAUUUUUUCUAAACUCAGGUUCCGCUAAAUUGUAAAGGGGAAGAAAAAACAAACCCUCUGUCUGAAAAGAAUUGCAAUUAAGUUGAAAAAUGAAUAGGCACCCUGCACUAGUCUAAACAUUUUUUUAAAUUAUUUUUAUUUUAAAAAACCAAUGUCUAAAUAGAUGUAUAAUGUAGACCUGCUAGCUGAAAAUGUUCUUGUUCUGCAUCUUCUUUCUGUGAAGGAAUGCCCUUUCUCUGUGGAAAUCAUACCAUUUUAUUUUGGAUAACCCCCAAAGCAUCAUUUAGUGCGAAUGAGUGCUGGGAUUCUUUGACUGGAAAAGGUAACAAGUGAAGUGACUUUGACACUGCAGGUAUUAUAAUUAAUUUCAUUUUCAUGGUUUGCUAUUAAAUCAUUUUUCACAUUGUUCUGUAAUAUACUGUUAGAUUAAAGACAUUGUACUAAGAUUGUUUAAUGAAAUUGUAAGCGUUGCAGUUCUAAAUAUACAUGUUUUAAAAAGAAAUCCACCUUCUCUGCCGCCCUGACUUGUC